AUGGAGGAGGAGAAGGGGCCAGUGAAGCAUAUGCUCCUAGCGAAGUUCAGGGAUGAGAUAACGACAGAGAAGGUAGAGGAACUGAUCCGUGGAUACGCUAAUUUGGUUCCUCUCAUCGAUCCAAUGAAGGCGUUCCACUGGUAAGUCUCCAUGCCUCUUCAUGUUUCCGCUCGGAUUGGGCGUUUUCGUCUCGGAAUUCUUCGAUUUUCCUCGAUGUAUUCUUCUUUUUUGGCUCUGUUUUUACUGAAGUUUGGAUCCAGAUGCAAUGCGUUUUCAGGAUAGGUUUGAGCGCCCUUGUUUUGUAAUUUCUCCGUGGAAUGUUCUGCUACUGGAGUAUCUUCUAGAGAUGACUUCGUGAUUAAUGCACAUCAGAGGCCGGUGAUCCGUGAUUUAAUUGAUCCGCGUACUGGUGUUCUCUCUUUGAUCGGUUAUCUCUGUGCUUAGGGCUGGAUGACGAAGUCAUCUGAGAUUCCCAGGGACCGCCGAUGUAUGUAGAUAUCUCCCAUUUUUUCUCUGCGUCUCCGUAACGAUAUGUUAUCGACGUUUCUGAGCAUCUGGUGUACUUUUCCAGACAGCGAUCGGAAGGAACAUGUAGAUCAUGUACAGGAAUCGUCAUCUCUAAAUCCUCAACCUGAUAUGCUCCCGUGGUUUCGGUUGUGCCCACGUGUUGGGAAAUUUUCUUCCGGAGAGAAAAUUGUAGGUUAGUGCGUUGUAGCAGGACACUCGAAAACCAAAAAUUCAUGCCAUUUGUUGCGGUGGGGAACCUAGUCAGAUCAAGCCGGAGCGACCAAGAACCAGGUUUAGAUAAUCAGAUCAGCUUAAGCUGAUCUCACCCCAGAUUGGUUGAAUCUAUACCCCACGGAAGAACGUGGGUACCAGCUCAUUCUAGCUUCGCAGUGACAACCUUGAUCGAAUGUGUAGGAUAGGUGGGAGGUGGUGACACACAACGACCAAUCCUGAAAGACCACUCUUUCGUCUAAGGAUGCCUAACCGCCGCACCGAUCAUUCGGUGGGGGCGGGACACUGCGAGGUGGGUAGUAGCCGGGAAGGGGCCUAGAAGUACCUACUACUACACCACACUACACUUGGCUCUACACAUUUACAGAGCUAACCCCUGUCCAGUGUCUGGCAGACACCAAGAAAGCCAGUGUGUAAGAACUGAAGUCUGCCAAACGGAGGGGACGAGUUCGCACAGCUCGCCAAAUGUUACCAUGAUGGAAUUAGAUUCCAUGUUUGAAUCAUUUCCAUCCACCCAAACUCCUAUUUUUUACCGACUUCAAUGUAGACGAUUCCACUCCUGAAUUUCAGGAAGAUUUGUUAAAGCAUAUAAUGUAACAGUUUCUUCCUGCCUGUUGAAAUUUAUGUGAAUGAUCGUGUCUUCGACAUCCUAUUCAGUUCGUCUGAAUUUCGCUAAGGUUCAGAGUGCCCAAAUCAGACGAUUCACCCGUUAAAAUAGACGAUUCUCCGACAACAUCCUUAAGGUAACCCCCAAAAAAGUCGAUUAUUCUCCGCUUUUAAUAAGUGAUUCCUCUUUCUAGUCUUUAUCAUCCCAUUCUCCCGUAUAAUACCCAGUGCCCUUGGGCCCCAGAUUUAGAGUGUUGCUAUAUUCGCAUUUCAAUUCUAAGCCACUUUUUUUUGGAUAUGUUAUCGUCUUGAUUGAUAGACCACCCAUAGGUACUUGAAAAAGAAAAUGAGUAUUGUCUUUUUUUGUGAAAAAGAUUUAAUAAGCUUAAAAUUGGUCAACGGAGGCUAAUGCACUAUCUCCAGACUAUCAAAGAUGAAAGAAACUCUGACUCUUUAUAGACUAAAGGAUACAAACAUAGAACUCCCUCUUUGCUUGGCUUGACCAUAUGCCCCAUUUCAGUAUUGUUGGACGAAGCAGUGCUGUGUAAGCAGGUCAGCCCCCCCCCAUUCCUUAGUGGUCACAGGGAACUCCAAAUAAUUUGAAACUCAAAACUACAUUUUUCAGAUUUAUCAAAGAACUCAAAUGAUGAUUUUUCACUAUUGAAAAUAUCAUAGUUAAUGUUCGAAAUCACUGCUUCCCUUGUUUUGAGUUUUGACUUGACACUGAAUGGAGCUCUUUGAGAUGUUCAGCAACAACAAGAAUGGAACCAUAGGCUCCUAUGCUGGGAGUUGGGAAUAGGUCUAAUCACCUAAACUCCCCGUUUCUGGCAUGCUAUAGUUCUUAUAGUCUCUCGACGACGGGAAUGGGAGAUUACCGGUAAGCCAGACGCUUCGCGAACCACCGGUACAUUUCGUUGCACUUAAAUCACCCUCGUAAAGAGGCGCACUCCAAUACCAUUGAUGUCCAAUAGCUUUUACAGUAAUAGCUGGAUCAUCUCUCUCCCCACUCUAAUAGCAAUCGCACGAAGUGAUUCCGGCAUACCAACCGAACCGCUCUUUUUGUACUGGCGCCAAACCCAUGCCACUAGGUUUCCGUUGGUCGUGCUGCGUUGAUGUAACGUGUAUUUAAGUGAUUUCAACUACAUCGAAUGAUGUUUCGAAUUAGUCAAGACUCCCCAGCCGCCUCUCUAUGGAGUUGCUUCAUUAUAUAGGUUGGCGAUUCGACUUUGAUCGUUAUGGACUGGUACCAAACGACCUAAUUUUAACAGCCAGCAGGGCUAAGAAUCUUACCACAGUCAGUGGUACCCCACGUUCUUCCGUGCUCGUAGGUUGAAUUCCCCUAUGCAUCCCGACUAAGGUAUCAUAAAGGUGCAUUUCCCUUAUGCAUCCAGCCGCUUCGCUAAUGUUUUUAGGUUAUGCGGGAGGGUUGGUUAUGUACUCUUUUGCGCGUUCCUUCUUCGAAGCUUUUUGGUAUUAUGUAUAGCCCCCUAACUAUAGAUCAGAUCCACCGGACGAGAAACUCAAUUCCGCACUGCUGCUGAGUCGUCGGACUUAUCCACCGACGGGAUUCGUGGAAUUUCAUGGGAGAGAUUCUGACACAUAUGUGGAAUUGUAAAAGACUUCAUUGUAAAUGAAAAAUAAAAGAUUAAAAAAGACAGAAGCCCACCACUCACCCGAACUUUUGAGCUGGGGCAAUCAAUCAGUCCAUUCAUUCAAUAGAGAGAUACAGAUUAAAAUAUAAAAUAAUUUUAUAUUCAUAAUAAUAACUAUUUUACCUUUAACCGUGUCCCUAAGGACCACUGUAGACUAGUUCUAAUAUGCUGAAACUAGGCAGUGGGAUGUAGGGUCUAUUUACUCAACUCUCCUAAAUGAGAACAGCUAGUGUUCCCAAGGAACGAGGAUGAACAAAGUUCGGCUAAGAAAGGUCCCCUUCUCGGGAUAGGUGGGCUCAUCCUGACUUGUUGCUUCUUUGAAGCGUAUAGGGCUGCUUGUACCCUGGUUCUGGUUUCAGCUCGAAGCGGAGAUCCGCUGACCCUACACCGUAUGCCAGACCUCUUUUUUCCGAAGUCAACAUGCUUUGUGAUCUCUUCGUCUCUCAUCUUCUCUCUUGGUGGAAAUCUCAUCCCCACUGGCCACAGAUCUCUGGCCUUCGGUGGGAUCUGAUUUGCUCGAUUGAUAAUUAUCAUCAUUUUGGAUGUGCAGAAGUAUGAAUACAUGGAAUUUCUUCAGAUAUUUCCUCAUAUAGGCAUUAAAAAUCUUGAGAAGCACUGAGAAAAAGUGCGGAAAUCAGGGGCAUCUAGACCUUCACCGAAGCUUUUGAGAAGAUCUGUCUAAUUAUUUCGAGGUCCAGCUGUUUCAUGUUGUGACGAUGGAUACUGUUGGGAACGCAGGGGAACAAAUAUGAGCAAGGAGAAUCUUCACCAAGGCUUCACUCACGUGUUCGAGUCCACCUUCGAGAGCGUUGAAGGCGUCUCAGAGUACGUCGCUCACCCCGCUCAUGUGGAAUUCGCCAACAUCUUCCUUCCUGCUCUGGAAAAGGUCAUCGUCAUCGACUACAAGCCCAAUUCUUCGAAACUCUGA